CCGCCAGCAGGGAGAGCAGCAGGGACGGCCGGGCGCCCUCUAGGGGGUCGGGGGACGCAGCGCUCGCUCUCGCAACCCCCAGGCCACAGAUUCUGAAAAUUUGAACUUCAUAAUUCUGCUACCAAGAUGUUUGCAGACCAUGUCCUCAAACUUUUGUCCCAUAAACAAAAAACAUCUAUAUCAAAGACUGCAGAAACCCCACCAGAACGAGUAGGUGACAAAAAAUAUUUCAUGGAUGCUUCUAAUAAAAAUCUCACCUUUAUUCCAUCUUCCAUCCUGGAACUUUGGGAACUGGAAGAAUUACACUUGGAAAAUAAUGUGCUUGAGGGAAUUGCUAGAGAAAUCCGUAAUCUCUCCAACCUGAGGAUUCUCUACCUGAACCACAAUGACAUAAAACUUAUUUGCAAAGACCUCGGGGAGCUCACUAAUCUUCAAAGCCUGGACCUUAGCAGCAAUCCCCUUGUUCCCAGCACUUUGCCUGUCCUUUCCCAUCUGCGGGGACUCCGACAGCUUCGGCUGUAUAAAAUCCAAAUGGAGAAUUUCCCCAUCCAGAUCUGUAAGUGCCUGCACCAUCUAGAACUGCUGGGACUGUCUCACAACCAUCUGAAGUCUCUGCCAAAAGAAAUCGUCAACCAGACCAAACUGAGAGAAAUCUACCUGCAGAACAACAGAUUUGAAGACUUUCCGCUGGAGCUCUGCAUCCUUUACAACCUGGAGAUCAUAGACUUGGAGCAGAACCAAAUCACUGUCAUCCCAGACGAGAUCAGCGCGCUCAGGAAGCUGGAGAAGUUCUUCAUCGCUUCUAAUUGUGUGUCGCUCCUCCCUGACACGCUGGGGAGCUGUAACAAGAUGACAGUCUUGGACGUCUCCAAUAACUUCCUGCACAACCUCCCCUCGACCCUCAAAGAACUGACCGAAAUUACGGAGCUGGGCCUUUCGGGGAACUGCAUGGAGAAGGUGCCCAGGCUGAUCUGCAGGUGGACGCUGCUCCAUCUCCUGUACAUGAAGAACACCUGUCUGAAAACCCUGCGCCGCUCCUUCAAGCGUUUGCUGAACGUCACACUCCUAGAUCUGAGUCAGAAUUACUUUGAUUUUUUCCCUCUCGAGAUUUGUGCCUUGAAAAACCUGGAGAUGCUAUCCCUGGAUGACAAUCACAUAUGUCAGGUCCCUUCAGAGGUGUUCAACCUGGUCAAAUUGAAGGCACUUGGUCUAACUGGAAAUAAUUUCACUAUAUUUCCAGAGGAAAUCUUGCAAAUUGAAUCUUUAGAAAAACUAUAUCUGGGACAGGACCAAGGAACAAAACUAACCUAUCUCUCAGAAAACAUCCUGAAGCUAACGAAUCUGAAAGAGCUAUAUUUUGAGAACAACAGCCUGGAGUAUUUACCGGAGGGCAUAGGGUCACUGCCAACCUUACAAAUAUUGGAUUUUCACAACAAUCAGAUUAAGGAACUUCCAGACACAAUAUGUCAAUUAAAAGGGUUGAAGACAUUGAUUCUUGAGAACAAUCAGCUGUCUGUACUUCCGGAAAGAAUGGAUAGUCUGCAGAACCUCCAGGUUCUCAACCUAGAAGGAAAUCCCAUGGAAGACCCUUCCCAAGAAGUGUGUAGAAUGGGCAUUCCAGAGAUAUGGCGCUACUUACAGGAAAAGAGAUACAGGGAUAUUAUGGCUACGAAGCUUCAGGCUUGGUACCGAGGAAUGAGGGUGAGGAAAGGGCUUGGGUCAAACGAAGAAUUGUUAAAAAUGCAAAAGAAAGGAAAGACAUCGCCCAAAGACAAGAAGGGAAAGAAAGGGGAAAAGGGGAAAGCAGCGCCCAAGGGCAAAAAGAAAUAGUCCUUUCCCUUGAUGGACUUUUGCCAAACGGAUCAUGCGCUGAACGCGAUCAGACGAGAGGAAGACACGGCUGCCGAUCACUGGACUCUUGAACACGGUGAAAACAUACAUCAUACCCAAUGCUAAGACAUCAUCGGUUGUGAGUCUACAGUUAUUCAGUCGGAG